UUCGGGCGCCAGCUCAAUCGCCUUUUGUAUUUGACAACAAAUGAAAUCAAGCAGAAUGGGAACUACAGUGGGCGUGUUCGGACGCUGGAAGCUGUACGUCGCAAAGUAUGUCGGCUCAUCUACCUAACCUUGGUUUCCAUUCGUGUCUGAUUGGGAAUCCAAUACAGCUUCUCUACAUCACGAUAUCCCUCUCAGGGGUUCUGGCAUGCUAUGUAUUAGCGAUCGUCGCUUACGCUACGCAGCAGGAACGGAUUUUGACCGGAGCUCAGGGGAUUUCCAUACUGUUUUGCUUGUUAUGGAAUUUCUGCGCUCCAGCGUUGAUGCUCACUAUUUCGGGCUUUAUCCUAUAUGGAUUUGUCUGCGAAACCAAGCAGAAAGAAGCGGCGGCUGUCCCAGGCUCCGGGGUGGCUACAGGCGGGUCAAGCAAAAAGAAGCGAUCGUCUAAGGCAAACGACGUGUCUGUACCAGGCAGCGAACCAGCGUGGACAGUCGGGGCGAUAUCAGGCUGGCAGACGAUGGCUCCCAGUGCAGGCGUCCCCCACGACGAGGAAGGAUGAGCGACCCGUUUUCAGUGGCACUGUUUUCCGAGCGCAGCUCCGAGAGCCAAGGG